AUGGGCGGCAGCAGCAGCCAUAUGCAACCCCCAGCAAUGUUAGAACAUCAUCAAUUACCACCAUCUUUAAUACACGAUACUACUCCUUUCCAAACACAACAGCAAUAUCAAUUCCCAGAUAUGAAUCAAAUAUUUAAAGGAAUUCCAAAAAUGUUACAAGUUGCUGAUGAUAUGCACAGAAUGAGUAAUUAUAUACAAGAUCUGAGAAAUAUGAUGUUUGUCUGUUCGUUAUUCACAAUUAUUGGCCUUUUUCUAUUUAUUUUGCUCAAAUUCCUUCAGAAUCGUAAAGGCACAAGAAGGAGGAGGAGAAACACUAAUACACAAAAUAAUCGUUUGGAUGAUCAAUCAGAACAGUCCUCUUUAAGUGUAUCUAGACCUUCGAAUAACUAUAGACAUUACCAUUCCGCAAAGCCUAUAGACAAUUGGACACAUAAAAUUGAGAUGGACAGAAUGUUAGAUUCUACUUCUACAAGACACACUAAUUUAACUCCUCAACAUGGGGCACAUGGAACUAUCGGUUCACAUGGAGGUUCUCAUGGAGCUAUAAUGCUAAACAAUAAAGCAGCAAUAGCCUCCUCAUCUAGUCCAGAACACCAACACCAUUAUAAUUCAUUACAUUUACAUGAACAACACCAAACUUCGUCUGGUGUAGCUACUCCAUCACACACUCCAACACAGAUAACUGGACAAUCAAACGGGCAACUUAAGAGGCUCGAUCCAGUAAAACUUAUAGUUGAUGAAAUGCCCUAUGCUGAUAAUGAAAACGAACAAUAA